CGGCGUUGUUUCUCCGGCCUGCCAUGCACCGCCAAGCUAUACGAACGGUCAGCCAGUCAGCCACUCACCACCACCAGUAUCUUAUCGCCGCUUCUGACUGGGAAACUAUAACCUCCGCUCCCACCACCACCUCUACAGUCCUAUCGCUCCACAUGUUCCUAGAGAUACUCCUACUUCCUCUGUCUUGUCGAACACCCUUACAUGAGUGUGACGUAACUUUUGAGAAUUUGGUGGCUUGUGUAAAGAUCGUAUGUGGUGAAGCUGUAAGGCCGUGUUGGCAGUCACAAGUGGAGUGAAAGCAAGCAAGCAUCAUCACUUCGAGGCAAUGAUCCUGCAGAAAAUAAGGGCAUGAAUGAGGCCCCACAACAGCACUGAGAAGAGCGCAAGGGAGUACCACAGACCCUCGUAAGGACAGGCAGCACGCAGGAGGGAGAUUGUGGAGUCGUGAAGAUAAUGUACAGAUAGCUUAACCUAGUCCACAAUGGGUCUGUUCAGCUCCGCCAAGAACUUCCGUGGCCAAGAUUAUGCCAAACUAAAGAAGGAUUGUCUCAACAGAGGAGAAAAGUUCAGUGAUCCCAAGUUCCCGCCGCAUGACUCCUCGUUAUACUUCUCAAAGCAGCCUCCUGGAGUUGUCACCUGGAAGAGACCUCAUGAAUUAGUAGACAAGCCUCAGCUCUUCAUUGAGGGUGCAAGUGCCAAAGAUGUGACUCAAGGGCAGCUGGGCAACUGCUGGUUUGUUGCGGCGUGUGCCACCCUUGCCGGCGUCAAGGAACUCUGGCACAAGGUCAUCCCAGACUACAAGGAUCAAGAGUAUGGAGACCUCCAUCCCGGCAUCUUCCACUUCCGGUUCUGGAGGUUCGGAGAGUGGAUUGAAGUGGUGGUGGAUGACCUGCUCCCCACCAUUGAGGGGCAGCUUAUCUUCACUCACUCCAAGGAGAGAGGCGAAUUCUGGUGUGCAUUACUGGAGAAAGCUUAUGCCAAAUUGUAUGGCUCUUAUGAAGCACUUGAGGGAGGUAAUCUCAGUGAUGCCCUGGUGGACCUCACCUCUGGAGUGUCAGCCCAUCUGGACCUAACGAUUGGAGGCUAUGUGGAUGACUUUGAGAAACGGAAGCAACUCUUCAAAAUGAUGUCCAAGGAAAUGAAUGAACACUCCCUGAUGUGCUGUGCCAUAACUACUGGAGAAACCUUCCCUCGGCCACACAGCCAUGAGGAGGCAGAGAUGAGGACAAGUGUGGGACUGGUGAAGGGCCAUGCAUAUGGAAUCACAGCUUGCAAGAAAAUCAACAUAGGAGACACAGGCCUUUUCUCCAUCUUUAAGGGUGCCCAGAAGGUGAGGAUGGUGCGCCUCAAGAACCCUUGGGGAGAGAAGGAGUGGAAUGGGGCCUUCAGUGAUGGUACAGAGAGAAGUGAGUUUGUGUACUCUACCUCGCAACUGACCAAAAUGUACUCCAGAUCACCAGAAUGGUCAAAGGUCUCAGCAUCAGAGCGACAGAAACUUGGCCUAACCUUUGAGGACGACGGUGAAUUUUGGAUGACCUUUGAAGAUUUUCUAGAGCACUUCACUGACCUUUCCAUAUGCUUCCUUAUCAACACCAAGUUUUUAAGCUUUAGCAAAACUUGGCACGAGACCACCUUCUUUAAUUCCUGGACUAUUGGUAUUCGAGGCCAUAACUCGGAUAGGGCAGGAGGAUGUCCAAACCACAAGGACACCUUUUUACGCAACCCUCAGUUCAGGUUUGACAUUAAAGAGGAAACGGAUGACGUUGUGUUCCAGCUGAUGCAGAAGGACGCCAGGGAACGUAAGCAAGAAGGAAUGCAAAACCUUGUCAUAGGUUUCCACAUCAUGAGGGUUGAAGAAAACAGAAAAUACAGAGUCCACCGGAUCCAUGACGCAGUGGCCACAUCUGACUACAUUCGUACUCGAGGGAUUUUCCUGAGAGAGCAGCUAAAGGAAGGCCGCUAUGUCAUCAUUCCCACAACCUUCAAGCCAGAUGAGACGGGAGAGUUUCUCCUGAGAGUAUUCACCUCAAAAGAUCCAGAUGCCAAAGAAUUGAUCAAAGACCAGCCUAAGAAUCCCUGGUACUCUUGCUUCAAGAAGGCUGUCAUGGUCACCACAAUCACUGUAAAGUGUGCCAGUAACUUAGAGAAACAAUCUGCAUUUGGGGGUGACCCUGAUUCUUAUUGCAUCAUAAAGUGUGAAGGAGAAACAGUUCGAACACCAGUUGAAAAGGGCACCGCAAACCCUAAAUGGAACACCACAGCCAUCUUCUACCGUGCAAAGCCUGAACAACCCAUUGUGAUUGAAAUCUGGAACAGCAACAUGUUAGUGGACGGCUUCAUUGGGCGAGCUGAGGUUACUGCACCUAUCAACCCGAACUACACCCAGGUUCAGCUUUCACUGUAUGGCAGACGCAAGGAGAAAACUGUAGAGAAACAAGGGCAUCUUCUGGUGCAAGUGUACAGUGAUGAUGACCUGACCAGCAUCUAGUUCCCAUCUACAGACAACAAUUAAUGUAUAGUUGUAUGUAUGUUUUCAAAAUUUGAACAGCAUUUCUAUUAUUUUGUAUUGAUGAGAAAUAUGUCACAAUAUUUUAUAUACAAAGAGAGAAAACAAGUGUACUAUUCUUAAAUGCUAACUAAUUCUCAGAAAUAUAAGUCCUGUAUAUGCAAAUUCAAGCUACUGAUAUUUUAUAUGACAAGCCACAGAGAUGUGAGCCCGAGGUGUUGGGCGUGUGCUGCAGACUUAUGAAUAGAUGACUGAAUGAGUAUGGGAGGUGCAUGAACUACAGUUCACUGUCUAUUCCUUGUUGACGAGUGUGGAUUUUGACAGUAUAAUUCUAUUUUGAUGAAGAUCUUUUGGGUAUUAGACUGAAAACAAGUGAACAUUAAUGAACUAUAGGUUUUAACACACUGGCAGUAUUUUCCAUGACAAACUUAAAGUUGCAAAUGACAUCUUGGGCGUAUGCAUAUUAGUUACUUAUGUAUGAUUAGUUUUUGUAUUCUUUUUUAUAUUUUUACACUGUAUUAAUGUUUUUGUGUGGAACAGAAAUAUGAAAAGGAUUGUGCUAUUAUUAGUUUACUGAUGCAAAAGUAGUGAAAGAAAUCAAAGAACAAAUGGUCUUUCCUUUCACACUGCAAUAUUUUUCUUUUCAUGCCGUUGUCCCAGGAUUGGAUACGAACCAAUCUGCUGCAGUCAGCUUAUGCCUAGGUACAAUGUGUGUUACUGUAUCGCCUCACCCAUGCACUGAUGCAUGUGCCUAGCUCAAAAAAUGAAAUUUUACUCAUUAGUACAGUUAAAAAAAAAAAAAGCACUGAUGAAGAUAUAUUGUUCCUUUAAUUCCUAUAUUUUUAUAUGGUCUUCAUAAGUGAAAUAUAGGUGCAGGCCACACAAAAAGUUACAAUAUCCAUUUUAUACAGUUACUGUAAAUAAUACAAAUGUUAGUAUCAAGCAAAUGACUAAUGCCUAUAAUCAGUCACUUUCCCUGAUACCAGCAGUUGUUGAUUCUUAGUGUUACUCUUUGGGAACAGAUUACUGUAUAGUUAGACAUAAUGACCCACAUACUGUGAUGCACAAUGUGUUGAAACAUAUAAUCUAAAGUUGCAUCAAA